AUGAAGCGACUGCUUGGCAAUCACACUCCACCUUCCGAAGAUGAAGGAGGCAUGUUUAACAGCACAAAGAAGACCAAAUUCAAUGAUUCAUCUAUGGUUGAAGACGAUUCAAGUAUUUUGUACGAGGUAAAAUCAAGAAAAUUCGGAUUGCCUGCAAACGUGAAGAAAUUUUCAAAGGCCGGAAUUCAACAUGGGAUAGCUUGGGUUUUGGACAAUGAUAAAUUAUUUGUUUGGGAUAUCAAAAAAGGGUUGGCCAAUUCUAGGUUCGCUCUUUGUUUGGAGAAUGUACCAAUGUCAGAGACUGUGCCUGGAAAUUGUUUUAUAUCGCUGAUGAUUCCAUCAUCACAAUCGGAAUCAACAAAUUUCUCUCUAUUUUUUUGCACACCCGAAGGCAAAUACAAAUACUGGUAUGACAUUAGCUUAGAAGAUGAAGAAUCUCAGUUUAAGUUCGAAGUUGGAAAUCUGUUAAGAAAGCUAAACUUUUGUUAUGAUUCCCUUUGCUUGACUUGCAUUGCUCCAAAUCAAUUGAAGGACAAUCACUUAUAUUUAGGAACAAAAACUGGAUAUUUCUUCGAGAUUCAUUGCUUACCAAACGGAGAGAUUGAUGUUACAACUCAACAAAAAGCCUAUGGGUCUCAAAACGCAUCAACUAACACUUCGGAAGGCCUUUUUAGUUGGCUUACGUCAUGGAACAAAACUACUAGUACUUAUAGUGAACCAGAAGCCGUUAUUUCCAUUAGAUCCUCGGACAAUUAUUUCUUCAUUUUAACUGAAAACAGUCUCUCCAAAUACACAGAGCAAGGAAAAGAGCUUUGUUGGAGACGUGAGAUUCUUGCCGAGCUAAAAAAGCUUAACUUUAUGAAAAAGUAUUCAUUAAGGCUCAUUAACAUUGCCUAUGACGAACCUCAAGGAAAAAUAUUUCUGUUGUCUUGGUGUACACCAGAAGUUUUUGACUCUAACCAUGUUCCUCUUGUGAACUAUCUGGUAUGGCCUCUUCAAAUUCACGAUAGAUUUAUGGACAAGUUUAUUGUCGAGUCUCCUGUAACUCUACUCUCUGUUGACUACAAUGAAAAUAACGAGUAUAUUUAUAACAAUAGCCAGAUGGUUUUUGAAAAAGAAAAAUUAUUUGUUUCAAUUCUUGAAACCUUGUCGGUUUUUGAGAGAAACAGAAUGAUUCAACAAAUUGAGGCACCAGAAAUCUUGUGUGCAGGAUCCAUAAGCAUUGCUGACAUAUGUAUUAUUAGUAGAAAUGGUGAUUUGACACUAGUGCAAAUUUCUCCAAUGAGCGACUCAGAAUCUGACAAAAAGACAAACGAUUCACAACUCUAUGACCAAGAUUUGGAUAAUACUCAAUAUGACCCUGAAAUUAGUUUCGCAAAUGUUGUUUUGGGAUUAUUUAGAAAGAGAAAUACUCAAAUAGAAUCAAAUGCUAAUAUUAGAUCCGCUGUAGUCAAAGCUUGUGAGCUUUUGGUAGACAGUAUACCUCUAUCAGGAAGCUUAGUUAUACCUAUUGACAGUAUUGAUCAUUCUGUUUUUUCAGAAAAGAUGUCUAUUCUUAUUUCAAAAACUUUGCAGAAAAAACUGGAAGAUUAUACUCAAUUUAUCAUUUAUUUACAAGACUGCAACAUUUUCCAAGCAUUAUCAAGACAACAGUUACUGCAAGUAUUCGAAUAUGGAGAGAAAAUCUUUGUUUGUAUGAAGCUGAGAGAACUUCAAAAUGAACUGGGAGGUUAUCAAAAGAAAGAUUUUGAUAUACUGAUUGCAGCAAUGAAUCUUUGUAAACAACGCAAAUUACACUCAAACGUUGAGAAUUUUUACAUUGAGGUGUCUAAGGUACAUGAAUUCAUUGACGCGAUACAAACUGCUGCAAAGAAAAGCAGCAGUGUGACACUCGUGAAUAGAGUGUAUCAAUGUUUUAUUGAUGGUAUACGUGGCUUCCGAGAAAUGGCACAUACUACUCUUGGACUAGGAGACAUAUCGAGUACAUGGACCUCAGAAAAAUCUGAUCUAAUCGUUAAUCUUUUUUAUGAGCAAUUUAAAAAGUCAGCAAACGCUCUGAAUGAAGAAUAUCAAAAUUCUGCACAUAUCCUGAACCAAAUGUUUGAAAUUGCUGACUUUUUGUUUUCUAUUUUGAGAGAUUUAAAGCAACAAGAUAAUAGCAGGUUCCACAGCCUUCAAUUUGAACAAAAGAGAGAUGCAAUUAUUUCCACCUUUAAAAACAAGAAUGACAUUGGUGACGUUUCUCCUAAAAGCUUUGCCUUGACCUUAGCUGAAAAGUACAAGGAUUUCAAACAUUUAAUUCAACUUACAGAAGAGAGACACCCACUAGAGUCUGAAAGAAUUGCUCAAUACUCUAUUUAUAUUAGAAGGUUUAAUGACUUUGCAUCAUAUCUAUUUUCUUACUUGAAAGAGUCUAAACGAUAUCAUGAAUUACUUGGGUAUCAAUGGAGUAUCAAAUACCCACAACAGGUUGGAGCAGUAGUUGAAUCUGAUGCUAACUUGAGAUGGCUUCAUAGUAUUCAAUUGGGUAAAUUGGAUAGCGUUCAACAAUCACUGACUGAGCUUACAGAUGAGCCCUCCAAAAACAUUUUAAAGCGUGAUUCUUUAAUUACCAUGAGAAAUAGAUUAUCACUUUUAAAGCUCGCUUCUUUGGCGUCUAAUGAUACAAGCAGUGCUCAAGAUCCAUCCUAUUUUCUCAAGUUAGUGUUCUAUCAAGAGAAACUUGCCACAGAUUUUACUCUAGAAACUUCGAACAACAACUGGACAAAAGAAUCAUUCCAAGGUGCUGUAGAAUUAAUGAUAUCUGUAUACAACGGUAUUCCAUCUGACACCAACAUUAUUAGAGAAAAUCAAGAAAAACUUUUAGAGAGGCUUAGAAUUGCGUGUGAUAUUUACUGCAUGUGGAGAGAAAGAGAGGGUGGAAUAGAUGAUGAAACUCAGUUUAACAUUUUGCUCAACAUUUAUACAGCUGCCUUUUACGUUUCUUAUCAAUUAUUGGCAAUGGUAAAUGCAAAGAAUAUUGUGGAUGAAGAAAAGCUCAUUCGUGAUUCAAUUCUCCAUAAAUUGAUACAGGAAAAUACUGGUAAGAGCUCAGCUGCUACAGAACAACUCAAAAAACGUUUGCUUUCUUUCUUUUCUAAUACCUUCUCAGAAAGACAUGCAGCAAUCAUACAAAGCGUCUUCGAUCUUGAUUAA